CUUUCAUUGCUUUGCUUUGCAAAACUUUGCUUUUCCAUUGGGUGGAGCCAUGAAGGUGUAAGCUAAUCCUUUGUUCUCUCCGCAAGAAAAUGGUGAUAUUAAGCAAAACCAAAGAACCCCACACCCAAAAAAAUAGCACUAAUUGGCUAAUUGCAGUAGCCUAGCAUAUUGUGAACGAAAGAAAAGCAAAACCAACUCUCGAAAAGGAUUCGGUUUUGGUUGAAUUUUCGAGAUUGAUAUGCUAUUUUGGAUUCUCCUUUUGGAUUUGUUCUUCCGAGCUAAAAAUGAACCAUGAUGAGACUAUGAGGCAUAGUGGAGUUAUGAGUGAAAUCGUGUGAGGAAAAGAAAGGGAAAAAAAUGAAAACAGAAGCGCACAGUGGGUUUAAUCCUGAAGAUAGUUUAAGUCCUAUAAUGAAUCGACAGGCUGUAUCUUUCCAGUCAGCUGCUAUUGACAGUAGCUCUGAGGUGAUUCCGAUGAGUGGAUACUUUGCACCGCCGGCCAUGAUAUUGCAUGGGAAUUCCGGUGUGAUUACAAGUCCCCCUUCAUUAGUCCAACCCGGGUCUUCCCUACUUGUUGAUUCAGUUUCAGGGCACAAACAUGAUGCAGGGUUUGCUGCCGAAUGGUCUGUUGACGAACAGUAUAUACUGGAAGACAGUCUUGAAAGGUAUAAAGACGAACCAAAUAUUAUCAAGUACAUAAAGAUUGCAGCUACCUUGCCUGAUAAAACUGUACGUGAUGUUGCGUUGAGGUGUAGGUGGAUGCAAAGAAAGCGAAGGAAACCUGAAGAACUUAAUACAGGAAAGAAGGUGAACAACAGGAAGGGUAAGCAAGUAGAAUCGUCCUCAACUGUGAAUAUAACUUCAGCACUGCCACAGAACAUGGCUUCAUAUCCUCUCGUGAUGCACCAUCUGGAUCAGAAUGGAAGAAUGCCUUCUGAAGGAAUAACUGGCACAACUAUGCAACUUUUGAAGCAAAAUUCUCAAGCUUUUAGUCAAAUCACAUCUAACCUUUCUGCAUAUAAGUUGCAGGAAAAUAUUAAUCUCUUUUAUCACACAAGGAACAAUAUUACCGCCAUUCUAAAUGACAUGAGAUGUAUGCCGGGUUUAAUGAGCCAGAUGCCACCAUUGCCUGUAUCUGUUAAUGAUGAUUUAGCAAAUUGCAUCUUGCCUGCUGCAACUCAGUGAGGAUCUGCCAUCUUCAUCGCUUGUGUCCCUUUGUCCUUUCUGUUGCAGUCGAGGAUUUUUAGCUCACCAAGCGGGAUUGAUCUCAUGCCGGAGUCAAGAUGAUGUAGGGGAUAGUUGAGAUUGAGGUUGGAUAUAUCUGAUCUAUAUAAAUUACAAACAAUUUUCUGAUGAUAGAUCCAUAAGAAGCUGGUAGGAUAUGUUCUUCCUUUUGUGUACACAAACGCUCAUAACACUGGAUGCCACGAUGGAAAAUUUGCAGACUCCAUUUUUGGAACCCAAAAUUUUCACCCUCCAGAUUUGAAAUCCAAGCAGCAUAUAAGACGAACUCAGAUACUUAUAAUCUCUUAACAGAUUCGGCUGAAUU